CUCCCUUCACAGCGUCACCAUGAUAGUCAGGACGUUGGCGUUGGCCUUAGUGGCUGUGGUGGUGAGUGCAAGAAUUGAAAAUCUUUCCUCAACAGGGAGUUUAAGUGCGUCCCAAAGACAAGCCCUCUCCCAGUCACUGCUCCAAAGUCAUUCUCCUCCAGCAGGGACUGCUCCAGGAGGCUUUGGACCAGGUUCAAGUCAGCUGUCCUUCCAGCAAUCUCAGCAGAUUGACUCUCCUCCACCAGGGGCUGCUCCAGGAGGCUUUGGACCAGGUUCAAGUCAGUUGCCCUUCCAGCCAUCUCAGCUGAUUGACUCUCCUCCAGGAGGGAGUGCUCCAGCAGGUUCUGGAGCAGGUUCAAGUCAGUUGCCCUUCCAGCCUCCUGAACGACCUGGCCACUCUGGUGCUGGUGCUAGCCAGGAUCUUUUCCAGCAGCCACAACAUGAUACUGGGUUUCCCAUCCAAAUCCUGCCUGAUCCAUCCGAGGAUGUUAUCCCUAUCCUGGUCGACGAGCGCGAGGGACCUUACCCAGAUGGCUCGUACAGAUUUACUUUCGAAACUGGCAACGGUAUCAGUCGCUACGAGCAAGGUAUCCCCCAGAGUGAUACUGGCGCCGUAGAUAUGCGAGGCGGAUGGUCAUUCACUUUCCCCGACGACACCCGCCAUCUUCAGCUUCGGGGGCCGACGCCCACAGGAUACCGCGCGGUAUCUGACUGGCUACCGACGCCUCAUCCUUUCCCAGCCCACGCCAUCGCUCAGAUCGAGUUCGCCCGCCAGCAGGAAGCUGAAGCCGCUGCUGCAGAAGGAAGCCGGAUUCACGACAGAGAAAAAUUGACAAAACAAAAACUUCAGCUCAGUAAUAUUCCAACUAAUGACGGAAGAUUUGGCGAUAAUCCCGACAAUAUCUUCGUCUUGAGGAUAAGAGAACUUUGCUUCGAGGACUCUUCUCCUCUCAGUGAUUCCACAGCCUGGGACGAGUAA